AUGACGUCAAAAUUGGACUUCGCUGCGAAUCCGUUUACCGCGAAUAAUUAUAUCAAUGAGACCGCCCACCACCCCAUCAAACUCAUCGCCGCUACAGAGGAUGCAGAAAGCAAAUACCUUCCAGAUGCAUGGGCUGUUGGCCUGAGCAUUGCGAAGCAGCCAUCCCAAUUAGACAUAAGUCUAUGA